CUACCGCCUCCCGCUGUGGGAGAGCGAAGUUUGCUGCCUCGUCUCCCCUGCCCCUGUGACUCGGCUCCGGGAUCCCAAGUCCCGAGUGGGCCGCGGCGGCCUCGGAACAGGCCUGGAGGGCGGCGGUCUGCAGGGCCGCUAGAACCUGGCCAUGGAGCCCGGGGAGACGGGGAAGGUUCCUGUGACCUUUGAUGACAUCACAUUGUACUUGCUACAGGAGGAAUGGAUGAUGUUGAAUCAGCCCCAGAAGGACGUUUUUGCUUCCAACAAGCAGACAGCACCUCUAGGACCAACUGCUGCCAAUCCUGAGCUGUUCCAUGCAUUUGGGCAAGAGGCUGAGCCAUGGCUAGGCAACAUCCAGGGCCAGAGGUGUCUCCUGAACCAUCAUCCUGGAAAAACCCACAUGAACUACAUGGAAGAAACAGAUGUGCAGGGUUCCACCAGAGAGCAAGGACCAUACCUACCACCUCAAAAGAAAGCCUGCCUUGCCCACUUCAGCACAGAGAACAGUGCCAUCGAGGGAGACUGGACAGGAAGAAACAGCCCCCAAGACAAGAACCCCCGUUCUGUCCAGAAGUUGUGGUUCACACAGUUUCCAUGGUUGAUCAUGAAUGAGGAACAGACGGCUCUGUUUUGUGCUGUCUGCCGAGAAUACCCAUCGGGCAGGGACAGACGGUCAAGAUUAAUAGAAGGCUACACAGGACCAUUCAAGGUGGAAACUCUCAAAUACCACGCCAAGAGCAAGGCCCACAUGCUCUGUGUCAACGCCCUGGCCGCCAAGGACCCCGUCUGGGCAGCCCACCUCCAGAGUCUCAGGGAGAGUUCUGCAGAUAUCCUGGCCAGCCCUGACCACCUCCUCACUGCAGACUGUCCCACGUUCUACCCUCCAGGGCCCCUGGGAGACUUUGAUGGCAUAGCUGAGCUCCUGUCAAGCCCAAGAGCUGAACUAGAGGACCCUCCAGGGAGUGGAGCCAUCCCUGCUUUGCAUCUAGACUGCAUGUCAGAUUUGAGGCAAAAAGAAAUUGGCAGUGACAUCCUUAAUCCCUCAAGUAGCAACACUUUGUGUAAGGACACUACUGAAUUCUGCAGCCAGGUAAUGUGUUUAUUGAUUGCUGUGCCUUAG